AGCAGGUCCGUGAGUUGUCAGCGCGCUGCGGGCUACUGCCGAGCCGGAGCCGCCGGGCUUGCCGUGCUUUCCCCGAGGUGCUCCCCCGAGCCAAUGUGCCCCAGUCCGCCGGGGCGUGAGCGGCGGCCGAUUCGUGGCAACUUGGGACCCAGGACCCGCAGCAGGAGCAUCGGUUUGCGGUCAGGACUCCACGAGGAGGAUGGAAAUCCUGCAUGAACGUGGAAGCCAUUAGCAGAGUAAUUGCUGUGUGUUACCAUGACAACCAGCCGCUGCAGUCACCUGCCCGAAGUCCUGCCAGACUGCACCAGCUCAGCUGCACCCGUGGUGAAGACCGUGGAGGACUGUGGCAGCCUUGUGAAUGGGCAGCCACAGUAUGUCAUGCAAGUUUCAGCCAAGGACGGGCAGCUGCUGUCAACAGUAGUGCGGACUCUUGCCACACAGAGCCCUUUCAAUGAUCGGCCAAUGUGCAGGAUCUGCCACGAGGGCAGCAGCCAAGAGGACUUGCUCUCUCCGUGCGAGUGCACAGGGACCUUGGGGACAAUUCAUCGGAGCUGCCUGGAGCACUGGCUGUCAUCCUCAAACACCAGCUACUGUGAACUCUGCCACUUCAGGUUUGCAGUGGAGCGCAAACCCAGGCCGUUAGUGGAGUGGCUCAGAAACCCUGGCCCUCAGCAUGAGAAGCGGACUCUGUUUGGAGACAUGGUGUGCUUCUUGUUCAUAACGCCCCUGGCCACCAUCUCGGGCUGGCUGUGCCUGCGGGGCGCCGUGGACCACCUGCACUUUAGUAGUCGGCUGGAAGCCGUCGGGCUGAUUGCACUCACUGUCGCACUCUUCACUAUUUACCUCUUUUGGACACUAGUGUCAUUUAGGUACCACUGUCGAUUGUACAACGAAUGGCGUCGGACCAAUCAGAGGGUGAUUCUCCUCAUUCCAAAGUCUGUCCACUUACCUUCCAACCAGCAGUCCCUGCUGGGCCUGCACUCGGCCAAGAGGAACUCAAAGGAGACAAUUGUGUGAUGCGCGUGGUUGGUUGCUUGACUAGUUGUCUGGAGUCUGGAAGUUUCUACACUGGCGCCAUGCACCAAGCCACCCUGAGGCCCUCCUGAGGCCCGUGGGUCCGAGAACAUCCCAAAGCGCAUUAGCACAUGGGCCCAAGCAACGACCUCCGCCAGAAAAAAGCAGACGCCGUUUGACUUCAAAUCAUGGAUGCUGCAGUCAUGUGAUAGUGCUGAGCUGCCAAACGUGUUCAUUUAGCAGAUACUGUCUGGGGUUUUCCGAACACCUCUUUAACAUGCGGGGAAGAUUGUCAUGCUGAGGGUGCAGUUCAAUUCUUCCUUUUUUAUUACUAUUUCAGAUAUAUAAAUAUAUAUAUAUAUAUAUAUUAAACUUAGAUGAUAAAAUCAAAAAGCCAAUGUAAAAACUGGUUUCUUGGUUUGGAUGGGCUUUGUUUGGGCUAGCUUGUUUCGCAGUUUCUACUGUGGAUUCUUGGGGGCAAUUUGAUAGCUUGAGUGGUCUUUCUCAUCUCGUUCAUGUCCCUUACUCAAGGAGGUGGUACAAUGACUGCAGAAUGACUUGUAUUGGAAGGCUGUUUUGUACUAAAUUUCACUUAAUUAUUCAAUUUUUAAAGGGAGAAAAAGGCGCAGCAACUGUCCUACACAGUGAGCUGUUUACUUAAAUAUCAUUAAGGAGAAAAAAAAAUUAUGGCGAGAAGCAACUUGUUUGGUACCAAGAGCUGAUAGAAACUAUUUUCUAAUAAUAAAUAUCCAGUGUGUGAAAGACAAAUCCCACUGAUUGCAAUUCUCUCUCUCUCUCUCUCUCCUCUCUUCUCUCUUUUUAAAAGAAUAAAACCUGUGAAAUUUUCCAAAGCAGAUUUUAAAAAUUAAAUAAAUAAAA